AUGGUCAAACCCUACUAUCGUAUUGUACCUGAGAGUAUGACAGGUAUGAUUGCCUCUCCUCAUGCCUCGAUUUGUUAUCAUCAAACCAAUCAUUCAUCAUCUUGCCUCAUUCUUUCUCCUCUUCUUUAUCAAAUUGGUAUUUGGAAUACUCGAGAACAAUCUCUUAUUCAAACCAUUCUUCCACAAGAUGAAUCCUAUUAUGGUGGAUCUAUUCAUGAAGGAACUAUGAAAUAUAGUAAUAUUACUUGUCUUGUACAUUCAGAACCUUUUAUUGCAGCAGGAUAUCAAAAUGGUAAAAUUUUAAUUUAUAAUUUACAAACAAAACAACAAGUCUUGUAUGCAACAGGACAUUCAAGUAGUGUGACUUGUUUACAAUUUAAUAAGGAUGGUUCGUUAUUGAUGAGUGGAGGUGAUGAUACAGAUAUUGUAUGUUGGGAUGUGACUGCUGGUCAAGCCAAAUAUCGAUUAAGAGGACAUAAGGGUAGAAUUACAGGAUUACUAUUUUUAGAAAAGUCAAAUGCAUUGAUUAGUAGUAGUAAGGAUAUGCUCAUAAAAAUAUGGGAAUUGACGACCUGUCACUGUGUUCAAACAUUGAUAGGAUCUCGUAAUGAAAUUUGGUCGAUUUGUGUAGAUUUCAAUGAGACUCGAUUAUUUGCUGGUAGUACUGACAGUGAAAUUCGAGUUUGGAACAUUCAAGUAUUCCAAAAUAAGAACUCUCAAUAUUUUUAUGAAAAUGAUCCAAUCUUUAUGGGAACAUUAAAGAGAAGAGAUGAAAGUAGAGUAUUACAAAUGAAAUUUGAUCCUAGUGGUACUCUAUUAGGUAUCAUUGGAGCUGAUUCCAAAAUAUUAGAAAUUUUUAAAUUGAGAAGUGAAAAGGAAAGAAAGAAAACUGGUACUCCAUUGACUCCAAAUAUGGAAUACAAAUGGUGGUUACAAGUGAAAUCCAAUUAUGAAUUGAGAUCUUUUGAUUUUAGUCCUCAUGAUAAGUGUUAUCCAAGAUUUGACUUUUUCACUGAAUCAUUGAAUGAACAACAACAACAAGACUUGACUGAAUCAUUGAAUGAACAACAAGGCUUGACUGAAUCAUUGAAUGAACAUGAAUAA